AUGGUUUCCAAAAUCUUAACAUUCUCCCUUCUUGCCGGUGCCCUCGCUGUCCCGGUUGAGGUUGACAUUGAGAAACGUAUCGACUGCCCAAGCAUCCACAUCUUUGGCGCACGCGGGACCACCGAACCUCCCGGAUACGGCGCAUCCAACACAGUUGUUAAUGGCCUCCUCAGUGCCUACCCUGGCUCUACAGCCGAGGCCAUCAACUACCCUGCCUGUGGUGGACAAGCAUCUUGCGGCGGCCUGAGUUACUCCGGCUCAAUUGCCCAGGGUAUUGCAGCAGUUGCCUCGGCUGUGAACGCUUAUAACAAACAGUGUCCAUCGACUAAACUUGUUUUGACUGGAUAUUCCCAGGGUGGUGAAAUUAUGGACGCGGCCUUGUGCGGUGGCGGUGUUCCCAACCAAGGCUAUACCAAUCCCGCGGUCCAGAUAUCGACCUCUGCUGUCACCAUGGUGAAGGCAGCCAUCUUCAUGGGUGAUCCACUGUAUGUGGCAGGAUUGCCGUAUGAUGUUGGAACUUGUGCUGCUGGAGGAUUUGAUGCACGUCCUUCUGGCUUCAACUGCCCAUCGGCCAGUAAGAUUCAAUCAUACUGUGACGCCCAGGACCCAUACUGCUGCAAUGGCAAUAACGACGCGACCCACCAGAGCUAUGGAGCUAAGUAUGGCACACAGGCUAUUGCCUUUGUGAAGAAUAAAGCGGAUAAAUGGGAGAUACCCCACCACGGAAGCUCCAAGCUCCAAGCUUCCUUCAUCAUGGCCACUCAUAUACCCAACCUAAACACUCUCCGACGAGGUCGAGGCCGAGGCCGCAUAGGUCGCACAGAAGAAACUGGACCUUCUGGAAAAGACCGCAUCGUUCAAGGCACAGACAAUGACGCAAGCAUCUCCCGCCUCAGCGCGGUCGAGCUAGGAUACCUGGAGGACGCGUACGCAGCAGCAUUGACACCUGCUGGUCAUCCCCGCGCAGGGACCUACGCCCGCACUACAGCCAUCGACCAGCUCGUCGCGCGUUUCCUCGGCCCGUGCUCACCGGAAAACACACACAAGAAACAAAUCAUAUCUUUAGGCGCCGGGUCCGACACGCGCGUCUUCCGACUUCUUUCGUCGCGCCAAACCCCGGAUUUCGUUUAUCACGAGCUCGAUUUCGCCGUUAACACAGCGGAUAAGAUCCGCGCGAUUAGAUCUGCGCCUAUACUGCAGCGCGCACUAGGGAUUGAUUCAUCGGAGGGCUCGACGGAGAAGAAUACUGGAGUUACCGUGUCGGAAGCUGGCGACGCACUUCAUUCGCCCUCGUACCAUGUCCACCCGGUUGAUCUGCGGUCGCUGCCAGGGUGCAGUGACCCUGCUGGAGCACUACCCGGUGUGGAGACGGGAUUGCCAACGUUGCUGAUCUCCGAGUGCUGCUUGGUCUAUUUAUCGCCCAUCGAAGCGGAGCAGGUGGUUGCGUUCUUCACACAACGCCUUUUUGGUCAUGGGCGUGCAGCAUCUGGACUCGGAGAUAGCUUACAGGAGGCGCAAGCAGAUAUGUCUCCGCUCGGGUUGAUUCUAUAUGAGCCUAUAAGACCAAAUGAUGCAUUUGGUCGUACAAUGGUGUCGAACCUUGCGGCACGGGGGAUCCAGCUCAAGACACUCCCUACGUAUGCGUCGCUCGAAGCGCAGAGAGGCCGCUUCCGAGAGCAGGGCUUUGGAAAUGGUCAGGCUGUGGCUGAUAUUGAAUUUAUUUGGAAGCGGUGGGUUAACGAGGACGAGAAGGAAAGAGUUGCUGGGCUAGAGAUGCUCGAUGAAAUGGAGGAGUGGGAGUUGCUUGCACGGCAUUAUUGCAUUGCUUGGGGAUGGAGAGAUCGCGAUGACGUUCCGGCUUUUGCUGGAUGGAAGGACCUAGAGGCCCAACAAGGCGAAUAA